AUGCUCAGCACAUUGGCCAAGUCUUCUCUUCGUCCUUUGGUGAGAAAUAUUCGUGUUUCACAGUAUGCCACUACAGCUCCUGGAACCAAACAACAGAAGAAACCCGAGGAAUCUGAGUCAUUCUGUAUGAAUCUGUUCCGAGGAAAAGCUGUAACUCAUCAAGUCUUCCCUUAUCCUCUCAAUUUGGAUGACGAGCAGAAAGAAACGCUCAAUAUGAUCCUCGGACCAACUCAAAAGUUUUUGACUGAAGUUAAUGAUGUGGUCAAGAAUGAUGAAACCAUGGAUGUUCCUAAAGAAGUUCUGGCACAGUUUGCUGAGCUUGGUGCCUUUGGAGCUCUUGUUCCCCCCGAGUAUGAAGGAGCUGGGCUUGUCAACAGUCAAAUGGCGCGUCUAGCAGAACUUGUGGGAGCUCAUGAUCUCGGUCUUGGAGUAGUUAUGGGAGCACAUCAAUCUAUUGGUUACAAAGGGAUCCUGCUCUUCGGAACAGAGGAGCAAAAACAGAAAUACCUUCCUGAUCUUGCCACUGGACGCAAGUUUGCUGCUUUCUGUCUAACAGAGCCAACUUCUGGUUCCGAUGCUAACUCUAUUCGCACAAGAGCUGAAUUAUCGGCUGAUGGAAAGCACUACGUUCUGAACGGCGGAAAGAUCUGGAUCAGUAACGGAGGCUUCGCAGAAGUCUUCACCGUUUUUGCUCAAACUCCUGUAAAACAAGCUGAUGGAUCUACGAAAGACAAAGUCACGGCCUUCAUUGUUGAGCGUAGCUUUGGAGGUAUCACAAACGGACCUCAAGAGAAAAAAAUGGGAAUCAAAGGUUCCAAUACUACCGAAGUGCAUUUCGAUAAUGUCAAGAUCCCAGUAGAGAAUAUAAUCGGAAAAGAGGGAGAAGGAUUCAAGGUUGCCAUGAACAUUCUGAACAAUGGAAGAUUUGGAAUUCCAGCUGCUUGCACAGGAGCGAUGAAAUACUGUAUUCAAAAAACCGUGGAUCAUAUUACAACUCGCGUUCAAUUCGGGAAAAAAAUCCAAGAGUUCGGAAAUGUCCAGGAGAAAUUGGCUAAUAUGGUAGCUCGUCAUUACGCUACAGAGUCCAUUGUAUAUAUGCUUUCUUCUAACAUGGAUCGAGGAAUUAGCGAUUACCAAUUGGAAGCUGCUAUUGGAAAGGUGUUCGCCUCGGAUAACGCAUGGUGGGUUUGCGAUGAAGCCAUCCAACUUCAUGGAGGUAUGGGAUUCAUGAAAGAAACUCAAUUAGAGAGAGUUCUUCGUGAUCUGAGAAUCUUCAGAAUUUUCGAAGGAGCCAAUGAUAUCAUGAAACUCUUUGUUGGGUUGACAGGUGUCCAACAUGCUGGUAAACAUCUCCAACAACUUGCCAAGGACAUGAAGUCAGGAAGUCUUGGAGCCAUUUUCGGAGAAGUUGUUAAGAGAGCUAAAGGAGGAGAUACUGGUAGCAACUUUGGAUCUGUAGUUGACUCAUCUUUGGCAAAUGAAGCAUCUCAGCUUGAUGUUUGCAUAGCCACAUUCGGAAAGACUGUACAGGAUCUCCUGCUGAAGCACAAAAAAGGAAUUAUCGAUCGUCAAUUCGAAGUAAUUCGAGUAGCUGAUGCUGCUAUUGACAUUUACAGCAUGAUCGCUGUACUCUCGCGAUGCACUUAUUCAAUCAACAAGAAAUCGCCAAGUGCUGAUCACGAGAAGGACAUCGCUAAAUUCUAUGUGCACAUCGCUUCACGUCGUGCUUUGGACAGCUUGAAGUUAGCUGGAUCUUCAUCAGACAAAGAACCUACACUCAUCGAAAAGAUCUCCCGGGCUGUAUGUGAAAAUGGAAAACUUCCUCAAGAACAUCCACUUGAUAUCUAA